AUGGAAAAAGAGCCUCUUCUCCCUUCUUCAUCACUAAACCAACACAAAUCCAAUUUUGAAAAUCCAAUUUUAAUUGAACCAAAGAGAAAACUUCAUAGGUCCAAAUCUACCCCAUCAUCAUCUAUAACCCCAUUUAAUAAUCUUGAAAAUCAUUUAGCACCAAUUCCAAAUCCACCCCAUUUUUUGAAAAAUACAACAAUUCUUAAACAAGUUAUAUUACUUUUAUUUCUUUAUUUAACAAUCGGUGUAUCCAUAUGUUUUUUCUUUAUGGAUCAAUUUAAGACCAAAAAGACUCAUCCAAUUGUUGAUGCUCUAUAUUUUUGCAUACUCACAAUGUGUACAAUUGGUUAUAGUGACAUAACACCAAAUAGUACACUUACAAAAUUAUUUUCCAUCUUAUUUGUGCUUGUUAGUUUAGGAUUUUACCAUAUUUUACUAACAAAUUUUGUUAUUUACAUUCUUGAUUCACGAAAAAAUACUCAUAAAAGGCUAUUCGAUACACAAAAAAGUAGUAAAGUGCUACUAGCAUUGUGUAUUUUUGUGGUAUGUAUUGGAAUUGGAGUUUUUUUAAUGCAUUUUGUUGAGAAAAUUGGAUGGUUUGAUUCAUUUUAUUUUUCAUUUAUGGGAGUUACUAGUGUUGGUUAUGGUGCAAAGGUGUUUGAAUCAAUUGUUGGAAGAAUUUUUGGAUCAAUUUGGUUAGUUGUUUCUAUAAUUGUUGUUAUUAGAGUUUUUAUAUUGUUUGUUGAAGUUAGAGUUGAUGAAAGGCAAAGGAAAGUGGACAAAUGGGUGAUGGAACAAGAUAUGACAGUUGAUCAGUUUCAUGAUGGUUUUGUAAGUAAAUCAGAUUAUAUGAUAUACAAAUUGAAGGAAUUGGGAAAGAUCACAGAAAGAGAUAUAUUGCUGAUUAACAAACAAUUUGAGAGAUUUCUAAUAUAA